AUGGUAACGACCGUUUACGAAAGGGAAAAUUGCGUCGCCUUAGUAACCUUGGAGAACACAGAGCGUACUCUUCAAAAGGAUGAACUUUGGGCAAAUACGUACAAAGAGCAAAUGAAUGAUAUGGUUCAUCGCAAAGUCGCACGUCCUCUCACGUCCUUGGAAAUCCAACAGUGGAAAGGUCCUAUUUUCUACAUAUCUCACUUGGCUGUGCUCAACCCCAAGUCAAAUUCGACGCCUGUUCGCAUCGCGUUCAACUCCAGUCAAGUCUACAAAGGAGUGUCUCUAAAUUCAUGUCUAGCAAAAGGACCUGAUUGUUAUAUGAAUAACCUGAUCGGAAUCCUGUUGCGUUGGCGAGAAGAAGCUGUGGCUUUGGUAGGUGACAUUAGGAAGGAUGUUCAAUUCAGUCUACCUGAAAGAAUUGGAAAAACAUUGUCAUCGAUUUCUCUGGAGAGGUCUUGA